AUGAUCGACGAAUUACGUAGAAGCGUGGAGUCAGCCACGAGAGCGAAGGAGGCUCUACACGGCUGCGACAUAUACUCCGGUUGCUGCACUCUCAAAAUUGAGUUCGCUAAGCCCGAAAGAUUGAACGUGUUCAAAAAUGACCAGGACAGCUGGGACUAUACAUUACUGGAAGAUGUACAGCCUGUCCAGAGAAGUGCACCGCUCUUACAGUCGCCGCAGUACACCGGUGGAAGACCACAGCCCUACAAUAUGGACUACGGAAGCGGUGGGCCUCCACCACCGGGCAUGAUGAAGGAUAGACAUGGACCGCCGCCGCCACAUCAUCCGCGAGAUGGCCGCGGCUAUGGGCCAGAAGGUUACGGCGGGGAGGGUUUCGUACCUCCCCCUCCGAUGCACCACCCGAAUAUGCCGCCACAGAACCAGGGUGGUCCUCCGCAGCAAGGAGCUGUUAUGAUGGUGUACGGCCUGGACCCACAGACGGUAAACGCAGACCGACUUUUCAACUUGUGCUGUCUGUACGGCAAUGUUGUCAGAAUAAAAUUCUUGAAGACAAAGGAAGGUACGGCAAUGGUGCAGAUGGGUGAUGCUGUGUCCGUGGAGCGAUGUGUGCAGAACCUGAACAACGUCACUGUCGGGGACUACACUUUGACAUUGGCUUUCUCAAAACAAGCUUACCUAUCGGAGGUGAUGAACCCGUACCCCCUGCCGGACAAGAGCCCUUCGUUCAAAGACUACGUCGGCAACAAGAACAAUCGCUUCUUAACGCCCGCCUCCAUACACAAGAACAGAAUACAGCCGCCUUCCAAGGUGCUCCAUUUCUUCAACACGCCCCCGGACGUGUCGGAUGACCAGCUGCUGCAGGUGUUCAAGGACUACGGGGUCACGCCCCCGCACACCAUCUCUAAGUUUCCUUUGAAGAGUGAGAGAUCAUCGUCGGGUCUGAUGGAGUUCCAGAACAUUUCGCAGUCAGUGAUGGCGAUAAUGGCGUGCAACCACGCGACCAUACAGCAUCCAGGAGCCAAAUUCCCGUUUGUAAUGAAGUUGUGCUUCUCAUCGUCACGACAAAUCGGCCAGGGGAAGGGACAGAACCCUAACAAGAGCCAAAACCAAAAUCAGGAACAGAACAACCAGAGACAAGGCCAAAAUAACGGCAUGUCGGAACACGAAUACUACUAA